CUUGUCUCUUCCGACCAUGUCACGGCUCCCAGUACGAGCUCUGCAACGAUUCUCUUCUACUUUCACCGCAAAAAGCGCGCCCUCGAAAGCUCACUUACAUCAACCUCUUCCUGACAACUCAUUCCCGCAAGGCUACUUACUUACUGGUACCCAUGCGGGUGUGAAAAAGAAAGCCGGUGUGCUUGACCUUGGCUUGAUCAUUUCUACCACCGAACAACCUGCAUCUGCUGCCGCUUGCUUCACUCGGAACGCAUUCAAGGCAGCGCCUGUGGUGGUAUCGGAUGAGGUGCUUUCGAAGAACCGUGGACGGGCGCGAGCAAUUGUUGUUAAUAGUGGUUGUGCGAAUGCCGUGACUGGCCGUCAGGGAAUGGAAGAUGCCUGGACCAUGGUCCGAGAGACUGACGCGCUCAUACCCCACAACACACCCACGUUCGAAAACCAGACGUUGGUCAUGUCUACUGGAGUCAUCGGACAGACCCUGCCUAUUGCAAAGAUCGUGGAAGCUAUUCGGUUGCAGGGGAAGCCUGAGAGUAGCCUUGGCUCAAAUUUCGACGCCUGGGAACGCGCCUCCAAAGCAUUCAUGACUACUGACACAUUUCCCAAACUGCGGUCGCGCGCUUUUACCAUCAACGGGAUCGAAUUCAGGCUAGCUGGAAUGGACAAAGGCGCAGGCAUGAUACAUCCCGACAUGGGGCCGGCGUCGACCUCCUUCGCUGGGCUUCAUGCGACACUGCUGGGAUGCAUCCUCACUGAUGCAGCCGUCUCGCCGCGCAGUCUACAGAGCGCCCUGACCUACGCUGUCGAACGGAGUUUCAACUCCAUCAGCGUGGACGGCGACAUGUCAACGAACGACACGAUCGUGGUGCUUGCCAAUGGUGCAGCAGCUUCUGCGGUCGAUGGGCAAGUAAUCGAAAUCGACGAGGAGACAGACAAAGACGGUUACGAGAUCUUCAAGAAAGAACUGACCUCGUUCGCCGCUGAGCUUGCCCAGCUCGUUGUUCGAGACGGAGAGGGCGCGACCAAGUUUGUUGCUGUGCACGUGAAGGGGGCCCCGACCUUCGAGGAUGCUCACAGGAUUGCGUCCACCAUCUCAACGUCUGCAUUAGUGAAGACAGCUCUCUACGGCGAAGACGCCAACUGGGGUCGAAUCCUGGCUGCAACUGGAUCUGUCCCUGUGUCACGCCUUGAUCCUGCCCGAGUGAGCGUGACUUUCCUGCCAUCGGACAACACAGCUUCACUCCCGGUUCUUGUGAACGGAGAACCUGAAAUCGUCGACGAAGCCCGUGCCAAAGAAAUUCUGAGCCAGACAGAUUUCGGCAUCUGUGUCGAUCUUGGAAACAUCGGAACGGAAGAAGCAACUUACUGGACAUGCGAUUUCAGCUAUGAAUAUGUCAGAAUAAAUGGAGACUAUCGCAGCUAAGUCGAUUGUUAAAAUUGGUCCUGGUCUUAUCUCUACAACGGAUAUCU